GAGGCGGAGCGGCAGCGGGAAGCUGGAAGAGAGGAGGAGAGGCGGAAUCACGCGGCUCCAGCGCUCGCUGAACUCGCAGCCCCCCGGGACCAUCGCCCCCCGUCCCGCAGGAAUUCCCAUUCCCAACCCUUGGCCAGAUGGAGGACGAGGCUGCGAGGAAGAGGAAGAUGCCCCGGGACACCCAGGCAGACAAGGAGCUGAGCACGGAGCCCAGGGAGGACAAAUCCCCACAGCAGAACCUGGUGGAAGAGGCCGUUUUGAGCGGCUCCAAUGCGCAGGAAUCCAACGGGGAGGAAAAGCCCUGGAGAUCCCGCACGAGGAGGGGCUGCAAACGCAGCCCAGGGUGCUCUGAGGAGGAAAGACCCACCCUGUGCUGGGAAGGCGGCCGGAGAUGCAGCCAGAGGUCAGAGCUGGUGGUUCAUGAGCAGCUUCACAAUGGGGAGAAGCCGCACAAGUGUGGGGAAUGUGGGAAGAGCUUCAAACGGAGCUCCCACCUGAUUGACCACCAGAUUAUCCACACUGGGGAGAGGCCCUACGAGUGUGGGGAAUGUGGGAAGAGCUUCGGAGACCGCUCCAGCCUGAUCCGCCACCAGAUUAUCCACACUGGGGAGAGGCCCUACCAGUGUGGGGAAUGUGGGAAGAGCUUCACAGACAGCUCCUACCUGAUCGUUCACCAGCGCAUCCACACAGGAGAGAGGCCCUACGAGUGUUCCGAGUGUGGGAAGAGGUUUCAGACCAGCUCCAGUCUCCUCCUGCACCAGCGGAUUCACACGGAGGAGAGGCCCUUCCGCUGCCCCGACUGCAGGAAAGGAUUCAAGCAAAAGUCCCACCUCCUUACCCACCAGCGCAUCCACACUGGGGAGAGGCCCUACGAGUGUCCUGAGUGUGGGAAGAGCUUCUCCAGGAGCUCUCACUUGACCCAACACCAACGGAGGCACCACUAAGGGAAGCCCUGAGAGUGCCCUGAUUGCGGGAAGAGCUUUGUCCGCUGCUCCAACUUCAUCCCCCAUCAGAGAACCCACAUUGGGAAGAGCCCUGGUGUAGUG